AUUUCCGAUUCUUGCUGCGGCAAAUCGGAGUAGCGCCCGGCAGCGCCCAGCGAGCUGCGCAGGGUUUCUCCGCAAUUUACGUAUGUGACGUUUGCGGUCCGGAGUCACAAAGAGAGCGAGCGAAGACGGACGGAGUGCGAAUUAAAUGAGAAAUAGUGCAUUUGUGGUGUGCUAACACCCAGUGUGGCUUUUAUUGCGGGAGGAAGGGCGCUCGAGAGGAUCUUUUCGACUGUGAGAGUAACGGACGAAUAUUCUGAUUUUCCACUUCCGAGUUAUGCGGUCCGAAGAGCAUGGAGUUGUGUGGAAAUCGCUCGAUUUUUAAAAUAGGGAAAGUGGGGAAAUCUUCAUUUCGGUAGUACUAGUCGGUCGGGUUGAGGAAGGGCGCCGCCAUGGCCGCUGUCGGCUCCGCUCUUCACCUCUCUAAAUGAAGAAUUACUGCAUGGUGUCAUAUAUUGCUUAUAAGUUAUAAUUGAUUUUUUUUUUUGUUUUGUUUUAAUACAGACAAGUCAUGUACCUUCUUUUUCUACGAUAUUUAUAAUCCUGUGCCCGAAUUAAGUGCAGCAGUGAUAAACAGGCGGUUUUAACGGGGCCGGAACGAACGGGCUGUGUAGAGACGUUGAACGAUGCUCCUGUGAAGGCCUCGUCUUCUUCUCACUCGGUGUCCGAAGACCGCUGGAUGUGGGGGAUGAGGAUCUGAUCUGAUCUGAGCCCGGCGAGCCGACAGCACAGCGAGCGGCCUUGAAGCGCACCGCACCGCACCGCAUCGCACCACGCCACGCCACGGGGCGAGGAGUGUGAGACGGAGUCGCCGGAGACGGAGCACGGAGAGACGGAGAGGUGCCAAGGCCGAGGACGGGAUCUGCGAUCGGAAGAUCAUCAUCAUGUCGGGGAGGCCCAGAACCACCUCGUUCGCGGAGAGCUGCAGACCGGGGCCGCAGCCGUCGGCCUUCGGCAGCAUGAAAGUCAGCAGAGACAAAGAUGGCAGCAAAGUGACCACAGUGGUGGCCACACAAGGCCAAGGGCCUGACCGGCCACAGGAAGUCAGCUACACAGACACCAAGGUGAUCGGGAAUGGCUCCUUCGGUGUGGUCUACCAGGCCAAGCUGUGUGAUUCAGGCGAGCUGGUGGCCAUCAAGAAGGUGUUGCAGGACAAGAGGUUCAAGAACCGGGAGCUUCAGAUCAUGAGGAAACUGGACCACUGCAACAUUGUACGCCUGCGUUACUUCUUCUACUCCAGCGGUGAUAAGAAGGAUGAGGUUUACUUGAACCUGGUGCUGGACUACGUGCCUGAAACGGUCUACAGAGUAGCCAGGCACUAUAGCCGGGCCAAGCAGACCCUGCCAAUGGUGUAUGUGAAGCUAUACAUGUACCAGCUGUUCCGGAGCCUGGCGUACAUCCACUCCUUUGGGAUCUGCCACCGGGACAUCAAGCCCCAGAACCUGCUGCUGGACCCCGAGACGGCUGUGCUCAAGCUCUGCGACUUUGGGAGUGCAAAGCAGCUGGUGCGUGGGGAGCCGAAUGUCUCCUACAUCUGCUCACGGUACUACCGGGCUCCUGAGCUCAUCUUCGGUGCCACAGACUACACCUCCAGCAUAGAUGUGUGGUCAGCAGGCUGCGUGCUGGCGGAACUGUUGCUCGGGCAGCCGAUUUUCCCUGGUGACAGUGGAGUGGACCAGCUGGUGGAGAUCAUCAAGGUUCUGGGGACCCCCACAAGGGAGCAGAUUCGGGAGAUGAACCCCAACUACACAGAGUUUAAAUUCCCCCAAAUCAAGGCGCACCCUUGGACUAAGGUGAGUGAACAGGUGUUCCGGCCGCGCACUCCGCCCGAGGCCAUCGCUCUUUGCUCCCGACUCUUGGAGUACACACCCACAGCACGUUUGGUACCCUUGGAGGCCUGCGCACACACCUUCUUUGAUGAGCUGCGGGACCCAGCAGUGAAGCUGCCCAACGGGCGUGAGAAGCCCCCGCUGUUCAAUUUCACCCCACAGGAGCUGUCCAGUAACCCGGCCCUGGCCUCCAUCCUCAUUCCAGCCCACGUUCGCAGCCAAAGUGGAGCUUCUAACCCAGCCAAUGCCUCUGCCACCCAAGAUGCCAACAGUGGAGAUCGUUCUCAGUCCACCAACGUCGCCUCUGCCUCCGCCUCCAACUCCACCUGAACACACAGACCCAACUGUGUAACUGGGCUCCGCCCACCUAUGGACCACGCCUUCACGAGGAUGGCAGGAAGUAGGGUGGGGCUACAAACAAAACCACAUAAAAAUACCCAAACACACCGAAUCCAGCCUGACCCUCCUCUUAUGUGUACAAGAACUGCUCCUCAUUUUUUCCCUUGGAGUUUUGGCAAGGGAUUGUUAUAUCAACAGAAAUACGUAAUAAAUACUAAAAGUACACAUUUUCCCCCCCCACUGACAAUCUUUUCUAGCUCCUCAUCAUACCCCUUGGAGUUCUUUCCUCCUUUAGCUAGAUGGAGGGAAUCUGUUGCCAUAUGAGCCAUGACCUGUGAGCCCUGAUCCCUGACUAUUUCAUGGUAUUUCUGCUCUAGUUUAUGGCUUGAGCUUCUUCUGGAGAACAUGGAGGUUUGGGUUCAUCGCACAGGGUAACAUGGGUCUUCAGGUCUUACCAUUCAUUUUGGAACAAUGUGGCAGUAGAGGUAUUGUUUAUGUAUACAGUUCUUUUUCUUCAUUUACAGAAAUGGUCUAAAUGAUAAAUGAGGUUUUAUGCGUUUUAAUGUUUUAUGAGCAACAUUGAUUUGAUUUUAACCUUUUCUGGAUUGGUGGAGUUAAUGAGCCAAAAUGGCAGCAUUCUCUGCUGAAACCUUGUGCUUGUAUUAUAGAAAUACAGACACACAUACACAUGGCUUAUAUUAUUUUUUUAUUUUUUUCAAUUUUUUUUUUUUUUUUUUUUUUUUCCAUAAUGCAAAUAAUAUACCUAUAGGUAAGCCCCCAGCACAAUGGCAUUAUCUGGUAGCAGAAAUGCUGCCACCCAGGCCAGCUGUUGGAUAUUGGUUUGAAUUUUUUUGGGGGUUAUUAAUUGAGAAUUGCACAGACAUACCUCCUACACUGUCUUUUAUUUAUUAAUUGUUAUGACUGACCGACUGUAGAGGCACAGCUGGGCCUGCCAGACAGGAAGUGAACCGCACUAUGCCACUGCACACCACUGUCACAUGACCUGGUCCGCCCGGUCUGUGUACGCUUCCUGUGAUCGUCCACCAGCAGACCCACUGUGUCUCAUCACAGUUAGUCCUCUGCAUCACUUUGGAUUUUCUACAUAGAAAUGUAUAUAUUUAUAUACAUAAAUUAAUUAGGCUUCCUCUUGAACAAGGUUUUACUUUUGUUGUAGCAUUAAGGAAAAGGUAUGUGAGUGUUCCCCCAAAGUGCUUCUGCAGGAGUUCCCAGCUCCUCUAAUCCAAGCAGCUGGUUCACACUGAACCUGAACACUGACUGGAGCCACUACCGCAACGACACUUCCGCUGUGGCCCCAGUGACAUUCCAGCACAUGCUGGUUACUCUCCAGGGAGCACAAGGGCUUGUGGGUAGUGUGAGGUCUACGAAGUCCCAUGAGCAGCAUUGAACUGCCCUUCAGGAAGAUGUGCAUCUGUCUUUUUGGCACGUGCACUCCAUUGUUGCUGGUCACAGACAGUGGAUGUUCCCUGGGCUUCCGGGUGCUUCCGUCCAUGUUUUCCCACAAGGGAGAAGUUGAGGGCUUAAGGAGCUUUGACCUGAGGACAUAUGCUGCCAGUCCUGCAUUUUGAACUCUGGAACACUAGCAGGGGUGUGCUUGGGUUGGUUUCCUCCACCUCCGUCAGCCUGUGCACCUCUUCAGUACAGUCCUUCACCAUGUCUUACCAAGGAGAGUUGGAACGGGGGACAACAGAACUAGAACUUGUAUGUAUGUGUAUAUAUAGUUAACCCCCACCAAAUUCUGGCUUGUACUUACUUUCGGUGUAUUGUAUGUAAAUAUGCAGACCCAGGAACUGUUAAAGAGCAGGAACAGAACACAGAUGAAAGAAAAAGAUUCAGGGUAAAAAUAAUUGUCUAAAAAAAAAAAAAAAAA